AUGAGCCAAACCUCAAUUGAGCUGCGUCAAGACCCCGGCCGUGAAGAGGGCUUUGCUUCUUCAGGUCUUGACCUCACGAGCACUCACGAAAAUGAAGUUUCUUCUCUCCCGCCGGUAGAUGGCGGGAAGGAUGCUUGGUUAUUCUUGGCGGCUUCUUUUAUGGUUGAGGCUCUUACAUGGGGCUUCCCUUUUGCGUUUGGUGUAUUCCAAGACUACUACAGUACCAAUGCCCCCUUUGAAGGUUCCUCAGCCAUCGCCGUCAUCGGUACUUGUGCAAUGGGUAUUAUGUAUCUCGGUCUUCCUUUCACAAUGAGCCUCCAACGUCUCUACCCAAGACAAAGCCGCUGGUCUCCCAUGAUCGGCCUCUUCAUAAUGUGCAUCGCCCUCGCCCUAAGCUCAUUCUCACAAAACACAACUCAUCUCAUUCUCACCCAAGGCGUCCUCUACGCCAUCGGUGGUUCCAUCUCGUACUGUCCUUGUAUUCUUUACAUGGACGAAUGGUUCGCCAAGCGUAAGGGCUUUGCGUUUGGGAUAAUGUGGUCUGGGACAGGCCUCGCGGGCUUUGCGUUGCCGCUUCUCUUUGAAAAGUUUCUUUACGAAUACGGGUUUCGUACUACGUUGAGAAUUUGGGCGGUUUCUCUGUUCUUGUUGACGUUGCCGUUGGCGUACUUCAUCAAGCCGCGGUUGCCGUACUCUGCGACAAGACAUAUCAAUCCUCUCAAGUUGGGCUUUGCUUUGAGGCGAAACUUUUUGCUUCAUCAACUGGCUAACAUUGCUCAAGCGCUGGGCUUCUUCUUGCCUGGGAUUUAUCUGCCGUCGUACGCUCGGACUGCUCUUGGUGCUGGAUCCUUUGCAUCUGCUCUUACGGUUCUGCUCGUCAACGUCGCUUCAGUCUUUGGCUGCGUCGCCAUGGGCGCUCUCACGGAUCGAUUACACGUUACAGACUGCUUCAUGAUUUCAGCAGCCGGUACAACACUGAGCACAUUUCUCCUCUGGGGCUUGUCAACAAGCUUGCCCAUCCUGUAUGUCUUCUGCAUCUUCUACGGCAUCUUCGCCGGUUCAUACACAUCAGCCUGGACAGGUAUCAUGCAAAUGGUAUCAUCAACACCUUCCAACACCCGCACCAGCGGAACAUCAUUUGAUCCCGCCAUGGUACUAGGCGUCCUCUCAGCAGGACGGGGGAUAGGAAACAUAGCGUCUGGCCCGCUAAGUGGAGCGUUAAUAAAGGGAAUGCCGUGGCAGGGCCAAGCAGCAGGUGGAUACGGAACGGGCUAUGGCACGCUGAUUGUAUUUACCGGUGCCACGGCAUUGGCCAGCGGCGCGACAUUUGUCUUUAGAAGGGUUGGAUGGAUGUGA